AAAAACUCGAAUUAAGACUCGAUAGACGGGCCAAAACCGAUAUUACUUAGUUGAUUUGUUAUGCUUAGAUCUCUCAAGGGACUCAAGGGGCGUCCGUUGUCAUUGAGAAGAGGAUACUCAGUGAAAUCACCAAUACUGUUUGUUCCAAACGAAACUAUUCAUAGGUUUGAGAGUGAAAAAUUAACGGAAGAAGAGAAUUUAGCGGCCAUACCCAAACGUCCUAACUUUGAUGGUCUUCCAAAGUACCAUCAUGAAAUUCUCUCUCCUGAAGAUACUGCUGAUUUGGUGAUUCGACCAGACGUCAAUGACAUUCUAACUUCGACGUUUUCUCAAAAUGCAGUAUUCACCGGUGAUCCUAAUUAUAAAGUUACUCCGGCAAAUGCUAAUUUGCAAGAAACAACACUUUCAUUACAUUUCGCAGUUGCUGUUAUCGAAUGGAUAAGGCUAUUCAAUACCCAGAUUGUAACUUUGAAGAGUUUACCCUCGACCGUUAAUAAAUUACAGCAUAUAAAUGAAGCCAAAGUAGAUGCGAUUAAAGCAAAAUUGAAUAGUAUCAAUGUUGAAGAAUUAAAGUCCGUGGAAGUUCUCGAUAAAUUUUAUACUUCUUUCGAAAUAUAUAGAAAAGGUGACAUAAUGAGAAAGACAAGAGCCGAUACAAUCAAUAUUGAGAAUAUCUCUUCGAUUCUUUUAACCAGUGAAUUGAUUCAGAGUGAUAGUGAAUUAUUUGACAUUACUUUGAGAUACCUUGGUCUGAAACUAGCAUACUUCAGCAAUGAGAACCUUCAACAAUUCACGGAGAAACUCAUAAAUCAUUUGCAUGGAGAAAAUAUUACUUCAGGAAUGAAAGUUCAAUCAUUUAACAACUUCAUGUCCAAAGUUUUUGAAAUCCACCCUCGUUUAAAAACCGAGUUACACGUAAGCCAGCUAGAUAAACUCGCUUAUCUUUUCACAUUGGCAAAUAAUAUCGAGGAUUCAAAGAGCCUCCUUCAGUUGCUAGUGACCAAUUACAAAGUUGCUCCUUCCAAGGAGACAUUCAACUUAUUUUUAACAAAAUAUACCGAAUCCUUGAAAGAUUUCCAAGGACUGAUCAAAUCAAAGGUCUUAAAAGAUUUACAUCAAUUGAAGCCAGUUUUUUUCCAUAAUGGCCUUGAUAGUUUUUCCCUUAAAUUUUUAUUAGAGGAGAUCAUAGAGCAUGUUUAUGACCUCGAUCAUCUUAUGAGGCUAAUUGAGAAUAAAGAAAAUUCAAGUAUCUUCCUCUUGAGCGAGUUUGCCGAGAUGUUAAUGCAAAGACUUCAAGUUAUUCAAUCUACCUCGGAAGACCCUAAUACCACCAAGGCUUUGCAACUUACGCAAUUAAUAUCAAAAUUGGUGAAGGAUAACGGCGUCAAGUUGGACAAAAAAUCCCUUGAGCUCGCUCAGCAAAUGUAUAAAGACUUAGGUGAUACUUCUAAUUACGAGUACAUAGGUAAAUUACUAAAUUAAAUGUAUAUAUUUUCAU